AUGGCGAAGAACAUGGAGAAUACCAGCUAUCGAAAGAUCGAUGUCGACGCUUAUGAUCCGGAAAACUACGACGAAAAUGAGGACGCUGGGGAUACCCCUGGUCUUGGUCCGGAUGAACGUACAGUGACCUCUCAUCUACAGACGAAUCGCCUCGAAGAUGCACUUCAUGCUGCAUUGCUGAAUCCACCGUUGAAAUGUAAAAAUCAGGCUGUCAAAGACAGAGCCACUAUGCUAGUCGCCAAAGUUUUGGGUUCUUUCAAAUCAAGUGAAAUAGAACCCGUUGUAAAGAAACUCUCCAACGAUGAGGGUGACAUUUUGAUGAAGUAUGUAUACAAAGCAAUGGAAAUUACACCCGAGAAUGCUCUAUGUCAGACACUGUUGACAUGGCACUCACUGUUGGUCGCCCGUUUUGGUCUCGGAUCAAUAAUACGUGUAUUCUCCGACCGAAGUCGUCUAUGA